GUCAAUCAUCAGUUGAUUUUAGCGAACAAAUCGCCAGCCGUUUGAUUGAGGUCUAAGUAGUCUACCGCACAAAAUGAUGCUCUUAUAGUACAACUAAGUAGUCCCUAUUAGGAUCAGGGGUUGCACCGUUUCCAGGCAUGGGAGAAGUAAACGCGGAAGAUGUUCUGUCCCAUUUGAAAGCUGUUUUCGAAGCUUGUGACCAAAAUGGCGACGGUUUUGUGAAGACGCAGGAUCUUCUAAGCCUCGGCCAAGAACACGCUAGUGUUGGAUUUGAGGAGAUAAAAAUUCUGAUCGAAAAGCUCGAUCCUGAAGGGUUUGGGCAGAUAAGCUUUGAUGGGUUUUGUAAAGGAAUACACGAUUUUUUAGGGGCCAAUGGUGAUGUCAAUAAUGUAAAUGAAAAAAAUUCGCACAAGUUAGUGGAAGAUGAUUCUUUCCCAAGACUGACAAUAUCUGUGGUGGAAAACGACCAACAGGAAGAUAGCUGCUGCGAGAGAGACAGUACUUACAGUACAGCAUCCACAAAUGAGUAUAAUGGUGACGACGAUGACAAUUUCCAAGAUGAGCCGCAACCUUCAAAGUUCAGUCGUAAUCAAAAACAAUACUCUACGUUCCCACCCCCCACAGGACCUCGGUUAAAACACCGUGCAACUUUACCAGCCAUGAAUGUUGAUAUGUAUAGUGAUAGACAUUCACACUCAGAUACCAGUGAGUAUCAGUCUGAAGAAGGAUUUGAAGGAUUUGGAGAAAGCUUCAGUGAGGAUACAGCAUUUGAAGAUACUCCAACUUUACAAAGGGACCAUCCAUAUUCUGAACGCAUCCUAAGAAAAAGAUCAUCAGCUGCAGCAGCUGCAUUUUCAAGUAAAAAGACUGUCUUCACAAGUGUCAUUAUUACAAGAAGACCAUGCAAUGCAAACAGAUAAACAGAAUAAAUUUAGAGAAGAAAACAAAUUAUUAUGUACAAGAAUAAAUGCAUUAGAAGAACAACUUGAGACUCAAAAAGUUUCAACAGGGAAGCAAGUAGAAGAAGAAAGUUUGAGAUAUAAAACAGCUUUGAACAAAUUAGAGAGAGAAAAUGAACAAACGUUAGAAACACUUAACAGAAAAUUACUUCAAGCUGAAGAGGAAAUAGAACUUCUUAAAAAAGUGGAGCCUAUGUUAAGAAGAGAACUUGAUUUAUGUCAUGAGGAUAAAAGAAGGCUUCUAAAACAAAUAGAUAGCCUUGAACUUCAACUUCAAAUUAAAACAGAUGAAGUCACUGAGCUGAAAGGGAAGCUAGAUGCUGAAAGUAAGGGACGACUAGAAGAUCACCAUGAACAUGACCAGGAGCUUGCACUAGUCUCUGAGCAACUUUCAGUACUGGAAAAGUAUAAACAGGACGUAGAUCACAAAUUAAAAGACUUUCAAAAUAUGGAACAGCAGAAGACAGACUUAGAAAGACAUAUUCAGUCACUGAUAAAGGAGAAUUUGAGCUUGAAAAAUUCAAAAGAAGAGCUCAAUGUACAAUUACAACAGGAUGGGUUCUUUGGUGCUGAACAGAAAGGAUCAUUGGCUGAUGAACUUGUCACAGCUGACAAAGAAAAAAUCAUCAAUGCUCUUAGAGAUCAAGAGGAAGAAAACAGAAGGCUAAGAGGUUAUCUGGACGGAUUAUUGAUGAUGAUCAUGGAACAUAAUCCUGCCCUCCUUGAACUGCGAUAAGGCUUCCUGGCACCUAGUUUAAAGCAUACGUAUCAUUUGUCAUUGUUAACAGAUACACAGUACCAUGCACAUUGUGGCAAAAUAGAUGUUGAAUUUUAUAUUUGUAUGACAAGGGUUGAAAGGUAAUAAUUAUGAACAAUUUUAUGAAAGACCUGACACCUUAGUGUUAGUCUAUUAUGAGUGUAUUUAUAUCCAGAGAGCAAAGUCUAUUUUUAUCUUUCUCAAGUCAUGUCUGACAGGCGUGGCUACACAAAGUGGCCAUGCAAUCUUUAGGACUUGGCCUUCUUUGCAUUCAAGAAAGAACCAGAAACUAGAAGCACUUUUUAUUUAUGUGGCUAACUUGUUUAUUUUGGUGGAAUAUCAUUCAGAGAAACAGAAUCCUGUAUUCCUGUUUUCUUGCAUAACAUCAAUGCAGAGCAUUUGCCUCAAAAAGAAUCACUCGCACACCUUGAAAAGGAGGGAAAGUGAUGUUUUGAAGACAAUUUUGAUUGAGGGAGACCCUGAAUAUAAAAGACUGCAUUUUUGAGCCACUAUGGACAUCUGUGCCAUGUAAGACUGUACAAAUAUGCAAGGAAAGAAAAACUUUAAAGAGUGAUGACUGCUCACAAGUUUCCCAAAAUUGUGAGUGACUGAGAGAUUUGAUAGACCAUUUGCAAUCUUAAAUUUUAAAUCGCUUUUGUUUCCCCUAAGAGCAAAGGUGCCAGGAACAUUAAUCAUCCAAUGCACAUUGAUGUUUGUGAACGUAAUCCCUUUUUUUUUGGUGUACUUUACACAUCAUAAAGUGGAAAAUUUUUUUAAAAUUUUGAAGAUUUAAAUUAUUUGAUACCUUUAGUGUAAAUAGCAACAAUUUCCUUUUAUAAAUUGUGAAUUCAGAUUGGAAAUUAGUGAAUUGUGCAACUUCUUAAGGUAUGUUUGAAUCAAUAAUCCAGAAAUGUCAGCUGUGAAAUUUCCCCUCUUGCAGAUGAACAAAACAGUAAGGACCACACAUUUUUUUUCAUUAUUCGUUCUCUUUAAACCACUUGCAUUGUGGGAUUAUAGCUGACAAACUCUGAAGAUAGAAAUCCCUUGGCAUUCCAUGAUGCUGUCACUGUUGACCAUUUAUGGAUUGAGUUCAAAAGUCAUGCAUAGUUGUGAUUGAUGGAUGUCACUCUAUGUAGUAAUAAUAUUUGACAAUGAAAUGAACUAUUUAAAUGUGUUAUUAGAGUUUGAAUGGUAUUCACAAGCAUAGCAAGUUAGACAGAUUACUUAACACCUCUUCUAAAGUGCCAUCAUGUUGUGCUCACUCUCUUAAGGUUUCUGGUCCAAGAACUUAUGUAAUACUAAUUGGUCUAAACAUAUUUUUAACUCAGACACUUUAAGGAGUGACGUUUUAAAUAGAUAAAUGACUUAAAUUCAUGCUAUGUCUUUUUGAAGCAGUUAAGUUCUACCUACUAAUGGUAUAGGUAGUUGCAUUGAAAAUUAGAAUACCUCUAGACUAUCAUUGCAUCAAUAAUGUAUUUUUAAUAUGCAGACAUUGUAAAUAUUUUGCUAAUUGAUGAAUAUAGGAAUAGUGUUAUGUAGAGACCGUGAAAAUCCUGUACAAAUUAACUUUGGAACGAAAUCAAAUGUCUUACCAUUUUGUAAAUCUCA